AUAUCCCACGCUUAUCUCUCUUCUCCGUACUCUCACUUUUUGACCAGGAACCCUUUAGCUAGAAUAACGCCGAGUUGCAACGCUACACAUCCAAAAUGACCAAGUCAGACGGCGAGCUUGACCCACUAUGGCAAAAUCUCGAUUGGGCGAUUGGCCAGAUGUUGAUUAUGGGAUGGGAUGGAACAGAAGUAACGCCUCAGAUCAGAAACCUCAUCGUGAACCAUCAUUUGGGCUCAAUCAUAUUAACAGCUAAGAACCUAAAAUCUGCUGAGCAGACCGCCUCUUUAGUCCAAGAACUUCAAACCAUAGCUCACCAAGCAGGGCACCCUCAACCAUUAUUAAUAGCCGUUGAUCAGGAAAAUGGAGGGGUUAACAGUCUGUUCGAUGAAGACUAUAUCUGCCAAUACCCAAGUGCUAUGGGUGUUGCUGCUACGGGAAGCACAGAAAUAGCAUACAGCGUAGCAAAGGCUACAGCCACCGAAAUAUCAGCUGUUGGGGUCAACCUCAUUCUUGGCCCGGUAUUAGAUGUAUUAACUAAUGCUCGACAUCAACCUCUCGGCGUUCGAGCUACUGGAGAUGAUCCUCAAGAAGCAUCGUUAUAUUGCAUCGCCGCGAUCAACGGAUUCAAGGAUGCCGGCGUGGCUACUUGCGGUAAGCAUUUUCCUUCUUAUGGGAAUAUUGAUUUCCUCGGCUCUAGCUUAGACAUGCCUAUUAUCACGCAAACGCUAGAAGAACUAAGUCUCAGUGCUCUUGUGCCUUUUCGAAAUGCGAUAAGCGCCGGGCGCCUCGACGCCAUGUUUGUCGGAGGUUGCGGAAUCCAAAGUGCCGGAAUGAAUGUCAUGCACGCUUGUCUUUCAGAUCAGGUUGUGGACGACCUCCUACGAAACGAACUUGGGUUCAAAGGCGUUGCCAUCUCGGAAUGCCUCGAAAUGCAAUCCUUAAUACAAGAGUAUGGCGUUAAAGGAGGAACAGUUAUGGCCGUCGAAGCAGGCAAUGAUCUAGUACUUCUAUGUCGGGCGCAUGACGUGCAGUUGGAGGCCAUCGCUGGGCUAAAGCUAGGUGUCGAGAAUGGUAUCAUUUCGAAGCAACGCAUCUACACCUCUCUAAACCGAGUGUUGAAGAUGAAGAACGCGUGUACGUCUUGGCAGAAAGCCUUGAAUCCACCUGGCUUACAGUUACUCACUAAAUUACAUCCCACACACCUUGCGCUCUCCCGGAAAGCCUACGAUCAAUCGAUUACGGUGGUUCGAGAUAAGGACAAUCUGCUUCCUCUUUCCCAGAGCUUACUUCAAGAAGAAGAAUUGUUGCUUUUGACACCGCUGGUCAAACCAUUACCAGCUUCAGCUGCUACUAAGGGCAUGCUAGAAAAAGGCAACAAGGCUCCGUCCUUGCACGAGAAAUGGAUUCACCAGGAACGCGGGGCCAUCAUGAGUGGAGAAGGCGUCUUCCGAGAAUUGGGUCGAUCAAUAGCUCGAAUACGUAACGGUAAACUUCUUCAUACAUCAUAUACAGCCAAUGGGCUCAGGCCAGUGCAUGAGAAUUUAAUCAACAGGGCGUCUGCAAUUAUUAUAGUAACUGCCGAUGCUAAUCGGAAUAUGUACCAAACCGGAUUUACGAAACAUGUAGCGAUGAUGUGCCACAUGCUGCGUGGAACGGGCCAAAGGAAAUCUCUUAUUGUGGUCGCAGUCAGCUCCCCAUACGAUUUUGCGAUGGACAAAUCCAUUGGAACAUAUGUCUGCACAUUUGAUUUCACCGAGACGGCUAUGGCUUCUCUAGUCCGUGCUUUAUACGGCGAGAUAACACCCCAGGGAUCGAUGCCGGGUACUAUGAGGAAGAGCAAAAAGGUAUCUAAAACGCGGCAACAGUGGCUUGUCGAAAACUAUGAUCGCGACAGAGAUUCAUCCGCCCUUGCGGAGCUAUUGAGAACGAUGGCCCGCUCUAGCACACCAAGUUUUCCGUACCUUACAACAGGGCCCCACUCAUUUGAGCUGUUCAAUCCCCAUGUUGAAGAAGCGCAUUUCGUCGUUCGGAAUAGCAGUACGAAAACGUUAUAUGGCUUCGUGGCCACGUACUUCACGAAAGGUGUCGGCGCUAUUGGCGCGAUCUUUGUCGACCCAGCGAAACGAAACGUAUCGAUUGGAAGGUCGCUACAUCGUCGUGCGAUUCGAGCGCUACUGCAGAAGCAAGGGAUUAAAACCGUUCAGUUAGGUGUUACAUUCCCGGGGGUCUUUCCGGGGGUGCCCUUUGAUGAAAGUGGGAGCAUUAAGAGCUGGUUUAGCAAUGUUGGAUGGGACACACAGUUUCCGAAGCGACUAACGAAUAUGGCCAUCGACGAUCUCGGGGCCUGGACGGCACCCGAGGGUCUUCUUCAGAGCAUACAGCGAGCGAGUAUUAGUUUUGACCUGAUACACGGACUUGACAACGCGGAAUCGGUAUUGAAUCACGUAGCAACACACGCAGGACCCGAAGUUGUGGAACUUUAUCGUUUCGCACUACAAGAAACAAAUACAAGCGGAGUGGUGCGAGCCAAGAAUUCGGUAGAUAAUCUACUAGGAACGGUGAUUAUCUGCACAGCCGCGAGCCGCCUAUCAAUAUACAUGCCUCCGCUUCAUUCCGUUGGUGGCGAAGACAUCGGCGGAAUCAUUGCCCCGAUCGUGCCCUCAACAUCCCAAUCAAGAUUGAUCCUGCAGGGACUGGCGUUUAUGGGCGUGAGGCAAAAUAAGGCGCACAAAUCGGCAAAGAGCGUGCUUAGUUGGGUUCUUGAUGAAGCGCAUGAGCCUCUCGCGGCUAUGGGAUUUGAGGUGCAGCAAACGUUUGACGAAAUUACAAAUUCACCAGAGAACUGGUCUGAUUUGGUUUAAAUAUUUUUCUACUUUUGGUAGACGAUGCACGAGGCUAUUGAAUGAACCUGUAUAAUUGAACGAAUCCCUAGAGUAUGAUGAAUGAUCCUUCACCGAGCCUCCCUUUUCCGUACCUAUCUUUCCCCUGGAAGUGAGAUGGGAGUACAUACGUGGGGGGCUAGCUAGUAGAGCGCGAUGCAUACUUCUCUACUACUCUG